AUGACCUGUAACACGGACCGUUCGUUUUGCUUCCGUAGCCUCCGGCCGGGAUCUCGGAGGCGGACAGGUACUUUUUCGGUGAUUUCUUCUCCUUCACCCUUCAUUUUUCUCCUCUCUUUCUUUCUUUCCGUCUCCACAAACCAAACGGCAGAGGUUGCGCUAGCCACGAAAAAAGGUCCAGAAAGGGAGCGGAGAAGUUACUUUUUAUUUAUUUCGCUGAGGGUAUCGUAUAAACUACAAAGCCACAUUACAGUAACGAGUAUGUUUACUCGCAUUGGUCGUGUCUGCCUUCCCACGAAGGCUGCGCUGACGCAGUGCCGCUACCUCAACAUUCACGAGUACCAAUCAAAGGCCCUGCUGAAGGAGGGUGGAUGCAAGACGGAGUUUGGUGUUGCGUGCUCCAGUAUUGAGGAAGUGGAGGCGGCACUCGGGAAGAUCAAAGGAGAUAAGAAAGUCGUCAAGUCACAGAUUCUCGCAGGAGGUCGCGGCAUGGGUACCUUCGUUGACGGUUUCAAGGGUGGUGUGCAUGUGUGCAAGGAUGCGGCGGAGGCGCUCGCAUGCGCUCGCCGUAUGCUGAAUAAUACUCUUGUAACGAAGCAGACUGGACCGAAGGGACAGAAGGUGAGCAGGCUCUACGUCACUGAGGCGAUUUCUGGAAUUAAGCGUGAAUUGUAUCUGGCACUGCUCCUCGACCGCAAAACCGCCUCACCUGUCUUCAUUGGCAGUGCAGAGGGAGGUAUGGGCAUUGAGGAGCUUGCACAGAAACAGCCGGAUAAGAUCAAGAAGAUGCGCAUUAACGUCCAAGAGGGAAUUAACCACGACAACUGCCUUACCUUCGCACACGAACUGGGCUUCACGGGACGCGCCGCUGAAAAUGCUGCCGAGCAAAUAAAGGCACUGUAUAACGUUGGCAAGUCAAAGGAUUGCACGAUGGUGGAGAUUAACCCCCUAGUGGAGCUGGAAAAUGGCGAUGUGAUGUGCAUUGAUGCUAAGUUGUCGUUUGAUGAUAACGCAGAGUUCCGCCAGCAUGACAUCUUUGCCCUCGCUGACGCCACGCAGAUCGACCCCAAAGAGGUGGUAGCCAAAAAGUAUGACUUAAACUACAUCGCCCUCGACGGCAACGUUGGUUGCCUCGUAAACGGUGCUGGCCUUGCCAUGGCCACAAUGGACCUCAUCUCCCACGGUGGCGGCAAGCCUGCAAACUUCCUUGAUGUCGGUGGGAGCGCGACAAAAGAGCAGAUUGUCGCAGCGUUUGAAAUUAUUACUGGUGACGAGGCGGUUCGCAGCAUCCUCGUGAACAUCUUCGGUGGCAUCAUGCGCUGCGACACCAUUGCCGAGGGUAUCGUUGCGGCGUCUCGAAUGCUGAAGUCAAAGGGGGUGCGGGAGGUGCCUGUUGUUGUGCGACUAAGCGGCAGCAAGGAAGAAGAAGGCAAGCGUAUCUUGAAGGAAAGCGGCCUCCCCCUGCAUCCCGCACAGAACUUUGAGGAGGCAGCGGCGCUGGCAUGCAAACUCGCCGCGUGA